CUACUGGUUGCCCCAGAAAAAUAUCAGAAAGCAUACUUUGAUAUUUUUGUAAACCAUGAAAUGCAAAAUGAGCUGCAACAGAGGUUCAGGCAUGACUAUAAAUGUCACGCCCGAGAGCAUGGAAAAGCAUUCCUAGCAAUGCCCAUGUGGAAUUUUCCUGCAGAAAAUUAAGCAGGAAGUGGAGAGCAAGGAUCUCUUCACUGCUGUUGACUAAACAUAUGCUGUCCAUAUGUUGGAUGCAUCAGCUAGCUGGGGCCAAGUAAAAGCUGCAAUAGCUUCAGCUUGCUUUUUCUGCAUUCCAGAAUGAGCACGGUAUCAUGGGUGCUAAAUUAAAGAAGAAGAAACACAAGGAGACAGGCAGUCAUGCAGGGGUGAAUCCAUUUCGGAAGUGAUGGUGGUAAUUCAAGAAAUCUUUAGUGAUGGCUUCAGGCUUCACUUCCCAGACCUUUGUUCUUUCAAGCAAAGUUUAUUCUUUCACAUGAUGGACUCUGUUAACCAUACACACACAAAGUUCUUGUAUAACUAACCUGAACCCUUCGACUUUAAAUGCUCUGCCAAGUCCUUUACAAGCCCCCUUUCUCUUGAAGGAGAGGAUACAUUAUAGUCAGUAAUGGAGCAAAACAACAACAAUGUAGAAGAUUUCUCCUUGAAUGUUUUUUCUGUCACUCCUUGUCAACCAAACAGAUCUGAUGCCCUGGUGUCAGAUGGGGAUAAAGCUGGCACCACUCUGCUCUUUUCAGGUGUGUUUUUGGGACUGGUGGGGAUCACUUUCACUGUGAUGGGAUGGAUAAAAUAUGAUGGCAUUACUCACCUGGAGUGGACUCAGUUACUAGGGCCUAUUCUGCUGUCUGUCGGGGUGACUUUUAUUCUGAUUGCUGUUUGUAAAUUUAACAUGCUUACGUGCAAGCCCUGUAAAGAAAGAGAGGAAAAUACGUCGGAACUUGACCAGGCUGCAAGCGGACAGUCCUUUGUCUUCACUGGCAUUAACCAGCCUAUAACUUUCCACGGUGCCACAGUGGUACAGUACAUCCCUCCGCCAUACCCGUCCCAGGAAGGCGCUGCCGUCAGUCCCGGCCACCUGCGCCCAGGGCCCCGCUGCUGCGCUGCUGCUCCCCCCAGCACCUCGCCACUUCUCACCUCGGGCUCUCCUCACUUCUGCCCUGCCUACGCCCUGGACAACCUGGCUUUUACUGGAGAUGAGAGCUACACUGCUUAUGCUGCAGAGAAUUCCAGGAAUCAGAGGCCAGAAGACAGUUCUGAUGAACCAGAAGGACUGCUGGAAGACUAUGCCCGUAAUAACUUGUCACCUCCACGUUAUGAGGAAAUAUACCCUUUUUCUUCAUAA